GCUCUGUGUCCAUGCCUCCGUGUGUUCAUCCCUAUCUCCCCUCUGUUCCUACCUGGCACAUGCAAUUUGCUUUUUUUUUUUCCUGCAGGUAGAAUGAUUUCAACGACCGAUGCUGCAGGAAAGUCUCACACAGGCUGACAAGCGGGGAAAAGCCUGGCUGAUAACAGCAUGAGACUGAAGCUGAGCUGGCUGGACCUGUGUCACACUGUGCUUUGCAUUGGGUUGAUGCUUUGCGGAGAAGGUGGAGUGUCCUCUGUGCUGGCACUUGGUGCUAGUAUAAUUUGCCGCAAGAUGCCGGGUUUAUCACCAAGACAGAGAAGCAUCUGCGAAGCUCGUCCAGAUGCCAUAAUAGCUAUUGGUACUGGUGCCCGCAUAGGUACUGAAGAAUGCCGUUACCACUUUCAGCAUAGCCGGUGGAAUUGCAGCUCACUGGGGGAACCAAGUCUCUUUGGACCGGAGCUAAAAGUAGGCAGCCGAGAAACAGCCUUUCACUAUGCUAUCCUCUCUGCUGGCAUUGCCCACGCCAUCACCAACGCCUGCAGCCAUGGCAACAUGACCUAUUGUGGCUGUGACUGGGAGAAACACGGGCAGCAGGACUCCGAGAAAGGAUGGAGAUGGGGAGGAUGUUCUGCUGACGUGAAACAUGGCCUACGCUUGUCCAAAGAGUUUAUGGACGCCAGAGAAGUGAAGCGCCAUGCCCGUACCCUGAUGAACCUGCACAAUAACCUGGUGGGGAGAAAGUUGCUGGAGAAGAAUGUCCGCUUGGAGUGCAAGUGUCAUGGCGUUUCAGGCUCCUGUGCGCUGAAGACAUGUUGGAACACGUUGCCCCAUUUCCGAGAGGUGGGCUACAUGCUGAAGGAAAGGUACAAGGAAGCCGUCAUGGUUGAGGCUGUUAGGGGCCGCCGCCAACAACUUCCCACUUUUCUCAAACUGAAGAACCCUCAGAGCUAUACCAAGCCAGCAGAUACUGAACUGGUGUUUGUGGACCACUCGCCAAACUUCUGCGAGGCAAACAACGCAACAGGGAGCGUGGGAACUUAUGGGCGUCUGUGUAACCGCACGUCCUCUCAGUCUGACAGCUGUGAGUUCUUGUGCUGUGGCCGGGGAUAUAAAACCUUCCAGUACACUCACACAUGGCAGUGCCACUGCAAGUUUCACUGGUGCUGCCACGUAACAUGCAGUACAUGCAGUGAACGGACGCAAGCCUACACGUGCAACUGACAAGUGUGAGCACACAAGCAUUGCUUAGCAUGGCAUGUGGGUCCCAGGAUGUGUAAGUUGGGGCACACGACCCGAGUUGCUCUGCGCAUAUCUGCCAGAGUACAGCUCAGACACUGAGAAGACAGAGGAAGCCACUGAACUGUAAAGAGAGACUAGAGGCCUGGAAUCAUACAACUGCAGUGACAAGAUGGAGAGAGUGAGAGAUCAAAAUAAAUGGAACACAGAGCAAGCAUUGGACUAGAAGGGUCAACUGCCCUAGUCCAUAACGUCCUCUAGGUGCACUUGCAUGAUUAACUUCACACUUUGCGGGAGAUGUAUCAAGACUCGGAGAGAGAUAAAUUGAAGAUGUUGCCCAAAGCAAUCAGCUUCUGUCAUUUAUCUAGCACAGUGGUUCUCAAACUCGGUCCUCAGGACCCCACGUGGUUUACGUUUUCUAUGUCACCCAGCAGCUGCACUGUGUGUCACCAACUGUCACAUUUAAAAAAUGUACAGGUGACCUGCAAAACAUAAAUCGUGUGGGGUCCUGAGGACCAAGUUUGAGAACCUGAGAUCUAGCACAUUCUUUUAAAUGACAGUUGGACAUUUAUUGGUUGCUGUGGGCAACUACUUAACUUUAUUCAUGGGCUAGAUGCAUCAUUGUUUGGAGAGUGAUAAAAUGGAGUGAGAAAAGUACCAGCCAAUCAGCUCCUAACUGCCUUGUCACAGGCCCUGUUUGAAAAAUGACAAGAGCUGGUUGGCUGGUAGUUUAUCACUUUCCAUUUUAUCACUCUCCAAAAGAUGAUGCAUCUACUGUAUAUCUCUUCGAGCCUUGAUACAUCUUCCCGCCUACAAGAAGACAAUUCUGUAUUCACUUAUAUCAGCUUCAUUCGCCUGCACUCUAGCCCCAAUUUUCUUUUUCUUUUGAAGUAACAUCCAAUAAAGCUGGGUUGUUAUUGCGACUUUAAAUCAUGGUCCGUAGACAAACAGGAUCAUUCUACAUUCUACAAAAGUCGCAAUACACCCUUUUGUUUCAAAAACUGUACAGGAAAUGGGAAAACUAAAUACUCCAGUAAAGUAUGGGUGAGGUGGGCUAUCUUUUAGGGUAUGUUGAAAUAGGCCAUCUUGAAUCUAAGUCAGGUUUUUCAAAUGGAAAAGGGGGUCGUGUAACAUGUCAAAC